AACAAUUGAUUGAUCUUUCUCUUAAUUUCUGCAUCCAUUGAAUUUUUUCUUUCUAGAUUAUGUAUUUCUUUUAUUGGAAUGAAAGAAUAAAGAAACUUUAUACUUUUAUUAAUAUUGGUUCUCUUAUUUCUUUGUCAAAAUUGUGUUUGUUUAUUAGUCAUUGUUCUUUUGAUUUAGUUUUCUUAAUCGAAUUCAUCUUUGAUUGUAGGCAUUUUUACUAUGUAAUUGAUAUUUAUUUUUUCAGCUCAUUUGUCUCAUAAAAUAGUAAACCUAAUUUAUAAGUCGACCAUAUUUUAACAGUUAUAUUUAGAGUUUUGUAAUGCUUUUGAAUUGUAGGCCGUAAAAGUACAUAAGUAUAAGAGCAUUUGGUGAGAGUAAACCAAUAAACUUAAUGUUUAUUGACUAGGCAUUCCUGAUGCUAGUUUAAGAGCAUGUGAAAGUAUAUUGUUGACUUGACACAUUAUCACAUUUCUUAUAGUGGUUGUUUAUUGAGAAACAGGUAUGAGUAAUCCUAAUGUAUGUGGAAGUACAAGUGGGAAUGAUAAUACAUGUGGUUCAGGAAAAAGGGGAAGAGGCCAAAGGGGAAGAACUAAGGCUCAUGAUAUUAUAAAUAUGCCAGAUGGUGAGAGAAUACAAAUUGAAGUAAAUGAGUGGGGACAACCAUGUGAAGGCGAGUCAACAGCAAAAUUAACUACAUGGAUUGGAACAUUAGCAAGGAAUCAUCUAUAUUGUCCAUUGACAUACCCUAAGUGGACAAACAUACCACAAUCAUACAAAGAAGAUUGUUGGAAAGCAAUAACGGCCAAAUUUAUCAUCCCUGAAGUUUCCAAGACAUGGUGCUUAGAUAGAUUAGCUAAACGGUUGAAGGACCAUAAGUGUGACUUGAAGGCCGAGUACUACAGUAAGUAUGAUUCACCCUCUGAUCGAAGGAAAAAUAUUGAUCUUCAACUUAUACCAUUGGAGCAAUGGGAUGCGCUACUGAAGUUGUGGGAUGAUAAAAAGCAUAAGGAACUUUCUGAUCGUAAUAAGAAAAAUAAGUCCAAACAAAAAAUGCGUCAUAGAAUGGGUAGAACUUCAUAUGCCGUCAUACGUGAGAAAUUGCGUAACGAGGACCCAGAGAAAAAGCUUCCAAACCGUAUCAAAAUGUUUGACUUCACCCAUAAAAGGCCUGGAUGUUCCAUGGAUGACGAGUCUGCGGAAAAGUUGGAAAAAAUGCAGCGUGAAUUAAGUUUGCAACCUGAAGAAAUGCAACAGGACAACGAUGUUAUUGAUGAAACCUUCACCAAAGUAAUGGGACGUGAUAGACGUGGAUAUGUACGCAUGUUUGGGCCUGGAGUAACCCCAAAACAAGUGUUUGGCUUAGAAGGACUACGCGCUCAGAGGCAAGGACAACAUAUCUCAGAAUUAAGGUUAGAGAAUAGCCAAUUGAAAGAACAGAUUUCUCAACAAGGUGUGGAGAUGAAUGAGAUGAAGUCUCAAAUAGCUAUGCUUAUGCUAUUCAUGACAUCAUUCCAAUCUUCUCAAGGAUAG